AUGCCUUUCCCGAAGCGCAUCUGCGAGCCGCUCGGGCUCUGCCGGCCGCCCUCCGGGGACAGCCGGCUCUUCGAAGAGCUGCCCGGCGUCUGUAACCACACGCUGGGCCGGAGCCUCCGGCAGCUCUCGGAGCUGGCCAGGCACGCCGCGGGGCUCUUCCAGGAGAUCGAGGACGAGGUGCUCGCCGCCCACCGCCGCCUCUGCACCGUCCAGAGGAAGAUCAGCGAGAUCGGCGCCGCCGUGAAAACCCUGGAGCCCAGGCAGCAAACAGUGCCCGUGUCAAACCUGGACAAGGAGAGUAAACUAACAGUCCACUACCGAGCUCCGUGGUAUCAGCAGGAGGAUCUGUUUCGCCCGUCGACCAGACCGCCGUGCGUAGAGGAGCUUCACCAAUGUGCCAGACAGAAGCAGCAGUUUCUACAUAAAGAACAUCAGAGACAGCUGGGAGAGAGAAGAUUAAUGAAACCCCCGUCUAUGUUGCCCCCGCCACUGCCCUUGACACAGCCUCGCCAUCGUCUCAGAGCACAGAAAAAACAGCAAAGCGCAACGUUUCACAGCACUCGUUCAUCCUCCCCUACUGAAUGUUGCCAAAUGACUCCCUGGAGUAAAAAGUCCGUUCCACCAACAGAUGGUGACAAUGAUAUGAUCGAUUUAGGUCAAAGACCGAAAAAUCCAAUACCGAACAUUCCUACGACACUAGACAGGCAAACAAAUUGGAGCAAAGAUCUACCUCUUCCUACUCCAGAACAGAAGAUGCGCCAGCAAGCUGAGGCUAUUUCUUCCUGUGUUAUUCCCAUCAAUGUGACUGGAGUGGGCUUUGAGAGGCAGGUCAUCGGUAGAUACUCUUUUGUUCAUCCUCAAUCUGUGCUGCACCGAAGACGGAAGCUAAAGAGACGAAAAACAAUCAGUGGAAUCCCCAGGCGUGUGCACCAAGAAAUAGCAGAUUCUGAUGGAUCUCCCAUGGCUCGAGAAAGGAAUGUGAUCGUUCACGUUAACCCAGAGUUGGACCUCCGUGUGGAUGAGGCACAUUCCACCGGCGGUCGUUCUGGGACUAAGGACUCCGAGUGCCAGACUGAAGAUAUUCUAAUGGCUGCCCCAUCAGCGAGGCGGGUCCGAAUUCAACGUGGCAACAGCAUCACAUCUUCUCUGUCACAUUCCGCUGGGAAUAUCCCGGUCUUGGCCGAUGAUUCAGGCUCGAUGUUUCUCGCACCGAUUGACAACCACGCCCGUGCCCGCAGCCUUUCCCGCGAAGGCAUUAGAGAGUCACUGUUCCCUCACGAGUUAAGCCAGGACGACAGCGUUGAGAGCAUCACUGGCACUCCAGAAAAAUACCUGCCCGACCCAGAAAGAGCAGAGGAGGAAGAGGACGAAGCGAGUUUGUUUAUUCAGAGUUCGCAGACACAUCAUUCGAAGGGAGUCACUGUCCAACCGCAGCAAAGUCCGGAGAGCAAAGCUCAGGGAACAAAGAUGUCCAACUUUGUGCCAGAGGGCGAUUUGGGCAACAGUGAAAUCUCUUCAAAUUCAGAUACGUUUGGCAGUCCAGUCAACAGUAUCUCCAGUGGAGGGGUUCUGUUGAGCAGUCAAAUCGAUCAGAAGGAGGACCACCAAUCAUCUAGUGGAAACUGGAGUGGGAGUAAUUCAACAUGCCCCUCCCAGACAUCGGAGACCAUCCACACUGCAUCUUCACCGCCCCUGACUGGAUCUUCCCACUGUGACUCUGAGCUAUCCUUAAAUACGCCCGCUCACACCAACUAUGAUUCAGCGGGUUUCUUACUGGAGCCGUACCCAUACCAAGGAGAUAAAGUCAGAGGUCACAGGGCAAACUCUUUCACUUCCACGGGGACAGAUGUCGUGGAAGAUCUCAACACAAGUAACACGAGUGACGCUGAAUGGAGUUAUUUACACCAUUGCCAUGAUGCAUCUUGCCAUCGGGAUUUCAGUCCAAGGCACUCGCGAACAAAUAGCCUGGGAUGUCCAAGUUUUGCCAGCAUGGGUACGUGUGACAGUUUUGUUGAGAGACCAUCCUCUUCCAGAACUGAUUCGGGCUCACAUUUCUCCGUGGAUACUGAAGGGUAUUAUACCUCCAUGCACUUUGACUGUGGUUUAAGAACUAGUAGAAACUACAUUUAUAACUAUGCAUCCACAGGCUCCAAUGGAAUCCAGAGUACAGAACAUACUUCAGAGCUCAGUGAGCUCCCUCAAGUGGAUCAUUUAGAGUCGAGAAAGCAGAAGCAUCGGGGCCAGAGUAUUGCACUCAAGAAACCAAAGGCGAAACCAGCCCCACCAAAACGCAGUUCAUCGUUGAGGAAGAAUGACGUUUGUACAAGUGAGAGUGAUCAGAAAAAUGAACCAAAGACAAACAAUGUACAGGAGAGGACUACGUCUUCUAGAGAUGCACAGAAAUCUUUGCAACUUGACCUAAGUCUUGCAGCUGAGAAGUUCAAAGACUCCAUGCUGCCUAUGAAAACAAACAGUCCUUGGGAUAGUCAAAUUGGAUAUACACAUGAUAAUGAUUUCUCAGACCCUCAACUCACCCCUUUAGGUAUGCCCUCCUUCAAGGAUGAAGGUGCUGUGCAAUCAGAUUAUGCAGGUCUCUGGCUCUUAAAUGACUUAAAGUCUAAUGAUCCUUACAGAUCAUUAUCAAACUCCAGUACUGCCACGGGUACGACCGUGAUAGAGUGCACAAAGUCUCCCGAAGGAUCGGAGUCCCAGACAUCCCAAUCCGAGUCCCGAGCUACCACUCCAUCUCUCCCCUCCGUUGAAAGUGAGUUCAAGCUGUCCUCUCCUGAUAAGUUGGCCAGUUUGGCAUCGCCGUCGAGUGGGUACUCGAGCCAGUCUGGCACACCGACCUCAACUUUACCUACCCCUCUGUUCCCGGGUCCCCUGUCUCCAAACAGCGGUAAAAGGAAGCCCAAAGUUCCAGAGCGAAGGUCUUCACUGCAGCAGUCUUCCACAAAGAAAGACCUCGAGCUACCAACUAUACCUCCAACACACCUUGACCUAAGUGCUCUUCAGAAUCUGUUUAAAAGUAAACCCUUUGCUCACAGAAACCAAUUGCACAUCUCAAAUCAGAGCAAACCGAGAGAGGCAUCUGAAAGAACCAACACCAGUCCAUCUAUUUCCCUUGGCAUAACUCCAUCAGUUCUGCAGUCUGUUCAGCUUCGCUCUGUUAGUAAAACCAAGCAAUCCAGACUGGAAUUCCAAGAAGACCCUGACAUAAUAGAAGGCCCAAGUUAUGCAGAGGCUGUCUCACCACCAAGCAGAACUGAACCGUACACUUACAAUCGAUCGUUAACACACAAGUACAAUGAAAUUUCCAGUCCAGCUCAACCCUUACAAAAAUCAUCCCCCACUGAAGCCAACCCAAGCAUUUUACAUUUAGAAAGUCAGCUUGCACUUUGUCUCGAAAAUAAGUUGAAUAGAGAGUGUAUGUCGCCACUACCCUUAGCUUCUAUCGCAGCAAAGUCUCUAACACAACUCACAGUAUCAGACGAGUGCCCACCAAGUGCUGAACUGGAAGAUGACCAAGUGAUUGCAACUGAAAGCUGCCAGACGGUCUCCGACAGCUGCGAGUGUGGUGACAAAAAGAAUUCAGUCAAGCUGGGCUCUCCACACGAAACAGAGCGAAACUUCCAUGAUUCUGGUAAAGAGUUACAGAUUGAGGUAUUUGCCCAGGAAACAGGAAGUAAAGAGGAAGCUGGCAGUGUGCACUCUCCCUGCAACAGAGUUACAGAAGCUCAAUCAGCAGCAGGACUGGAGUCACCAACUGCAGAGAAAUUGGAGAGGAAACUUGAUUUUGACUCGGUCAGUGAUACGGAAAGUGUACACUGUGACAUACUUCAACCAGAAUUAAAAGAUGCACCAAGGCUUGACAAAGACAGUGCUGAGGAGAAGACCAAAAGGGUGCAAGAUGGCUGCACUGAAAGUGCUGCUGAUCACAGCAGAACUGCAGAAGCUCUGGCUGAGAGUCCUAGCGAUAGCCAGUCCAAAGACCACCUGGAUGUAGAACAGGGUGAAAGUUGCUUGACUUCUCCUUUGGAUCUUGAAACGAACGAAGAUAAUGUAUUCAUAUCACCAAACAAACUCCGUACAACAGAGGACCUUUUUGCUGUGAUUCACAGAUCAAAGAGGAAGCUUCUGGGAAGGAAAGAUUCUGACGAGGGGCCAAAUGUGAACAAACCAAAAUCAUCCCCCGGGACUCCUCCUGCUGUUCAAAAGCAGCCUGGCCCUAUUUACAGGAGCGUCCGCAAAUCCAACACCUCCCACGAGGAGUUCAAGCUGCUGCUGCUGAGGAAGGGCAGCCGCUCAGACUCCAGCUACCGACUGUCCGCCGCCGAGAUACUGAAAUCCGCCAGCCCCGUAUCUCCCAAGUCGCCAGGAGACAGCUCGCCAGAGCAGGCGAAAGACUCCGAGGACACGUCCCCGGCCCCUUUGCCUUCCGGGCGCGAGGUGCAGCCCCCAGUGUCACCGUGCUCGCCCAGGUUCAGUACCGAGGGCAUCUCUGCCCGCGGCUUCUCGCUCUCGGUGUCUUCACGGCCAAGUCGCUCCCGUGCGCCGCCAGUGGCGGGCAGCAGCCGUUACAGCACGCGCAGCCGCCUCCACAGUGCACCGAUGCAGGUCAUCUCUGAGGGUGAAGCUGAGAACUCGGAUGGAAGCCCGCACGACGAUCGGAACUCACGGGGCGCACAGUAACUGUCCCACUGGAGAACCAACAUCAAUGUGCAUGUGGGGUUUUUUUUUCCUUUUUAGUUUAGCAAUGUUUAUGCUGAAAGGUUUAUCAAAACAAAAGAAGAGCAGGGCAAGGUCUAAACUGUGUUCAGAACACACACAAAAAAAACAGGUUAUUGCCCAAUAGGUACUGAGAUAAGACUGUUUCUCCAAAAUUGCUCAUGAAAUUCAACCAUUCCAGCGUACACAUAUUUUGAUUAAAUAAGUUACAAUUUGAGACAUAACCAGAGCAAAUGUUGAAGAGAUUUUUGAUGGAAAGGAAAUCACAAAAAAAAUCCUUAAUGAAUUUGGGCAAUUACUCUGUUUUUAAAGUCUCAGAUGAAUUUUGCAAGGUUUAUGCAUGGUUGUUCCCUAUUUGUGUGAUAUUAGUGGGGUGUCAUUAUCCUAGGCUGUUUAAACAGCAGCCGAAGCAACAGGACCAUUGUGAGAAAGGUACAUUGCAGGCCCUUGGUAUUCCUGAUUGAGUGAUGAUAGGUGAGAAAUGGAAUGGCUCUGCUCUGAGCAGCACAGUCUUUGAAACUAAUGUAAAUAUCAUUAUUUUUGGUUGAUUUGAAAAGGUAUUAAUCCUUUGAGCAAAGCACAUUCUUAAUCAUUUGCAUCAUCAGAGUGUUCUCGGA